AUUGUUUUUUAUUGUGAAAGUGGCACCAGCUGCGUGAGGAUCGUUCUGAUUAGUUCGAUCAAUCAGCAGAUCUGAAUCAGCUCAGUCGAUUGUCCGUAAUGCCGUUCGAUUUUAGGAAUAAGGGGCAACAAUUUCCUGAACAGAACAGUUUACAGAAACGAAUAGCUGAUCCACCGAUCAGGAUCGUUCCUGCAUUUACCAAGCAGAGUAAUUAUCAGAAAAAUACCAAGGUUACGGGACCAUCUAAAUUAGGUUUUUUUCGUCCAAAACCAGCGAGCCCGUCACAAUUACGAAUAUGGUACGAAAGUGUUGGUCUACCCGUUUUCUUGAAACAUGAACGAAGUGGUCAUUCCUUACAAUGGAAGGUGAAUAUUAAAGAUUUAGAUUAUAAAAUUUAUUUGCCGAUAUUCUUUGAUGGUUUAUCCGAAUUAGAACAUCCUUACGAUUUCUUCGCCGUAAACGGUAUCAUUGAUAUGGUAAAUGCCAAUGGCGAAAAGGCACUGGAAGUGUUAUCUUUUGUUAUUCCUCCGAUUAAAAAUUGUUUUCUAGAAGCUUUGAAAACUCGUUAUCCAAAAGUUGUUAUCAACACCAUGAAGGCCAUUCAACAGCUGGCACUCUGCCACGAUUUAAUGGGUGUUGCCCUCAUCCCUUAUUAUCACAGCAUUUUGCCACCGUUAAACUUUUUCUUAGAAUACAACAUAAAUAUCGGAGACGAAAUUCAUUACGGACAAAGGAAAAGGAAUGUAAUAGGCGAUCUAGUGAAAGAAACUCUGGAAAUUUUUGAGAAAACUGGUGGACCGCAGGCUUUCUCUCGCAUAAAGAGAUAUGUUUUGACAUAUGAGUCACAUGUACACAAUACUUAAUUACCUACUGUUAAAAGUAUCAAUAGUAAUCAUUGCUAUCGUUGAAAUACAUUUUGAUGUACUGUUUAUAACAUUCAGAUUUGAUAAGUGAUAAAUUUUUAAUUAUAUUUCUAUUAUAAUUUACCGGAAUUAAUAAAAUAUAAUUUACGUGACAACUUGUUGAUUGCACGAUGACGAUCUUCGCUACUACUAUGGAAAUUUUGAUUCAAUUCGAAUUUAGUCUCAUUCCUCAUAAUUUUUCGCUAAUUUAAGACUAGUAUUUAGUUCUUUGUUUCUCACACGUGCUGUUCUCAUAUAUG